AUUCCUUUUUAACUUCCGGUAAUAACAAAAGCACGUUGUGAAAUAACUCUUCAUAUUUUUGUUUAAAUGUCAGCAGAAGCCGGAACAUCAGUGCCAAAAGAGGCUGAAUUUACCUCAGUAAGACCCAAAAGAAAACGUAAAAUGGCCACAGAGACUCAAGAAAAGCCAGAGGGUAGCACACAAAUGGACACAACAGACCAACCUUCAGCAGAAAAGAGACCUAACUUUCCCCCUAUCAGUGGAGAUCAGCUAAAGGGAGGGAAGACAGAGUUCAGAAAAAUCCCAGUACCUCCAAACAGAUAUGGACCUCUGAAGGAGAACUGGAUGAAAAUAUUUACCCCAAUUGUUGAACAUUUACACCUCCAAGUCCGGUUCAACCUUAAAACCAGAAAUGUAGAAAUAAAGACAUGUAAAGAAACAAAAGACAUUGGAGCUCUACAAAAAGCGGCAGAUUUUGUGAGAGCAUUUACCCUGGGAUUUGAAGUGGAUGAUGGCUUGGCCUUGGUUCGUCUCGAUGAUUUGUACUUGGAGUCUUUCAAAGUCACUGAUGUAAAACCUUUAAAGGGAGACCAUUUGUCAAGAGCUAUUGGAAGAGUUGCUGGCCACAAUGGAAAGACAAAAUUUACAAUUGAAAAUGUGACCAGGACCAGAAUUGUACUAGCUGACAGUUCUAUACACAUACUGGGGUCAUACCAGAACAUACGGGUGGCACGCACGGCACUAUGUAAUUUAAUAUUAGGGAGUCCACCUUCCAAAGUGUAUGGAACUAUGCGAAGAAUUGCUACACGCACAGCAGAAAGUUUUUGACAUUUCUUUUAAAUUUAAUCAUUCACGUAACUAUCAUUAAAAAUUAUGUGUU